AUGGCUCCCAUUCAACGCCUCGCCGCCGGACCUCUCUCCAUCAUCACAGGCGCACUCAUGGGUGCUCUGUCUGGCCCCAACAGCUCCCCUCCUUCAAAUGGCACCAAUGCGACCGUUUGGGGAACAGAAUACAGAGGCACCGCCUCCUUCUUUAACCUCACGCUCGACAGCACACCAUCGCCCAUUUCAUCGCCUACAUCCACUUCCUCCUCCUCGAUCCCUUCCCCUACAGCGUCACUCACAACUCCCACCUCCAGCUCAUCUCUCGUCUACUUCAACAGCCAGGCCAACACAUACACUGGCUGCAACAACCAGACUUUUUCUUCGACUGACAAUGUCGCUUUGAUGAAUCCCCUCCAGUUCAAUAACAACAAUAUCGAUACCACCAGUUCCACAUGCGGCCAGUGGAUCCAGAUCCAGAACCGUGCAAACACUCAGGAAUCCACUUAUGCCCAGAUCGUCGGUGUAUGCGACGACUGCGAAUACGGAUCCGUGUCCCUGAGCCUUGGAGCACUGAGUGAACUGGCCCCAGAUCUGCUCUUUGAUGAGAUGGUGUUUGAUGGCCAGUCCGAUCUGACGAUCGCCAACCUGACAGACCCAGUGAACCCUUUGCCUCCCUCGACACCUAUCUCGCCCAAGGACUUGUUGGACGUCAAGUGGCAGCUCUCCGAAGCCCCCGAGGUUCCAUCUCCAUCGGCGCCAGCCCCCAUCCCCACUUCAACCACUACUACAGCCACAACGACUACAACGACCACAAAGACCAUCACAACAACAAUAAAAACGACUAAGACGUCUGCCCCAACCAAGAAGAGUCCUCCUCCUUCCGAGCCAACAAAGGAAACCCCUGCUCCUAAGCCUAGCUCUAAGCCUCCUGGAGGAAAGGGGUUUACGGGCAAGGCUACCUGGUACUCGGACACCUUUGGCCAGUGCGAGCAGCACUAUUCGCAAUCAGAUAUGAUUGUCGCUGUUAACCAAGCUCAAAUGGGUACCGGUAAGAACCUCUGCGGCAAGAAGAUCCUUUUGACCAAGAAGGGAAGCAACACCCAAGUCGUUGUCACGGUCGUGGACAUGUGUCCAGGCAAAUACUGCAAGUUUGGCGAUCUGGAUCUAUCAAGGGCUGCGUUCCAGAAGUUUGCGGACUUGGACGUCGGUGUACUGCAGCUGCAGUGGAGCUUCAUCUAA